UAACAAUUUACCUGUAAAAGUGUUAAUUACAGCACAUACUGAUAACAAUAAAGAUUAUGAAAAUCUACAGAAAAAAAGCUUUUCACGUCGCUAUUCUUUCUGAAUUUCCCAAUCAGUGUGAUAUAUAAUUUUCUUCUUAAUUAAAUAGUGGAAAACUUUGUUGCUUUUGCGCAGCGAAUGGCACACACUGCCAAGAGGAGAAGUGAGAGAGAACAGAAAAUUUUGUGAUUCGCGCACGGAAAUAAACACGAAUGUAUUGAGAGACCACGCCACAAUAAAAUUACAUAGCGGAGAGUAUCGUCAGUCGACGUUUGGCUAUCCAUACAAGUGGACCUUAUAGCAUUCAGGUUUCAAAACUCCACGGAUAUUUGGAGAAAUUUUCACGCGCGCGUAUCCGAAGGAAAUGUUUGUGUUUUAUCCCCUUCUUUAAAAGUGGAAUAACAAUGUGAAAAUCAUCUGUGAGGACACUUUUCCACGCCACGAAGGAUAAACAAUUAGUGUUUAGUAAAAUUAAAAUAAAAAAGGAGGUUAAUUAACAACAAAAGGUGUUCAAAUGGUGUGAAUUGGGUGUUAGAGAUAAAAGUUCUUUUGGGUGAAAUAUUAAAAAAAAACUUACUGCUGAAUUUUUUUCCAUUACAAUAUUUUUGUGUGAGGUGGAAGGUUGGUAAAAAAAAGUUUAUCUACAAAAAAAGAAAUUUAUAGUGUGAAGACAUAUAAAAAGAAUUCAAUAAUAAACCAACGAGGGAGAAAGAGAUAAAUUAUUAAGAAAAAAAUAUAAAAUUUUUAAUGUGAACACCGUAGUUGGUAUUUGAAAAGACCGAAAGAGGAGUGUUAAAAAAAGAGAAAUAAAUAUUUAUUAUAUAUAUGUACAUAUAUACAUAAUAUAAUAAUAAUGUGUUGAUGAAUAUAUACAAACGAUAUAAGGUGAAAAUUGUUCAAAAAGGUUAUUUGUUGAUUUAAUACAUUGUGUUGCGAUUGUAUUACCCAGAAAAUUGUUCAGACUUUAGAACAUUUUCUGUCAUCUGACGAUGAAAUAUUUGCUUAACUGAGGACAUGGGGACAUAUUAUAUUUGAUCCCCAACACUGGAAACCCCUGGAGGUGUAUGUGGAAAAUUUUGUGAAAUUUUUCCAACAAUUCCGGACAUUUGUCAACCAACAUCCUCAAAUGGGAAUAUUUAUCCGUUCUACAGAGAAAAGGAAAUUAAUAUUACAUACAUAAAUAUAUUUAUGUGUGUUUAGAAUAAAAAACAGAAGAAAAGUGAUUUUGAAUAAUAUUUAAUUGGACAGUGUGUGGAUUUGAUGUGUGGCAAAAAGUGUAAAUUGUAUGACCCUAAAACACUUGUACAUCAUUCAAAUGGCACUGACCAUGCUAACAAAUAAUUUUUGUGACACACAGCCUGUGCAGAAAAAGUGUUUAACAACACAAACAGCCAAAAAGUUUGCUUCUGUAAACAUCAUUAGACUACAUCUCUAUGUGUAUUGUGGUGAGAGAUAAAAAGCUCCCAAGCUCAUGGAGCUUUUGACGGUGUUGUGUGCCAGCUAAAGAAAUCAAAGAAAAAUCAAUGUAUUUUCACAAAUUGUAAUUUAUACGCUAUUCAUCACCAUUUGUAUUCACAUGUUUUCAAAUGAAAAACGAAGAGAGAGAGAGAGACGAAAUAGUAAGAAAGACGGCAUAUACUGAAAUUUUUUUUGAGUGUGUUUUCCUAUCGUUUGCAAAGAGCGGAAGAAUUUAAUUUGGAAUUCAAAUAAAUACAUAAAAUAUAAUAAAAGUAGAGUGAAAAAUACAACUUGCUGUAUGGACUUUUUAAAUAUUCAGUUUGUGCUUGAAUGCCAUAUUGCUCACCUAAAGCCCUCAAAUGGUGGUGCUAAUUUAGUGUGUUGAAUAAAUAUCAUUUCUUUUACAUUUUUAAUUUAUCACCAAGUUUAUAUUCUUUGUACCUUCCUAACAACUAAAAAAAAUAAACUCCUAAUAAAAGAAAAAGCGUUACAUCUUAAUUUCCGUGGAAGUGCAAUUAAAAAGAAAAACUUUUUUUUGGGUUGUUGUUAUCAUUAAUAAGAUGAUCUCGAGACUUUUCUAGAAUUCCAACAAAAAAAAAACAUACAGAACUUAUAUUAUUUAACAUUAUACUAAACUAAAAUGCAGAUGUAAGCAAAACAAGAACUUUAUUCCAUAUAUAGUUGUUUUAUUGCAUGACACAACUUGUUUUCAACUCGGGAGUGACUUUAAGAUUUUUCUUGCAAAAAUCCUCAAAAGCAAAAAAAGAUGUUAUAAAAAUUAUUGUGUACACGAAAAGAGAACCAGAAUCCGUAUGUGACCUACCAAAAAAUAUAUCUUAGAUGUUAAAAGAAAAAUUCAACGAAAUAAACAAGUUUUCAUAUAUAGUGGACGUUUGUGAAAGAAACCCAUCUUGUAUAAAAUUUUUUUUCUGUGUCACAUCGCGAUUAUAAAAUGUUGUUUUAAAUGGUGUUUUUGUGUGUGCGUGAUUUUUUUUUGGUGUUGUUGUUGAGAAAUGCCGGGAAUGAGGAAUAAAAAUCAAUGAAAAAAAAUAUUCAAUAAUAUACCUACAAUAAAUGAUCAACGCUGAAAGUGACUUUUGAAUGCGCUUUUGAGUAAUAUAAAAUAACUUUCAAGUGAAUCAAUUUUCACUUUAUAUUUCACCGGCUAUAUGGGAAGAAUUUUGUCUGAUGCGCGCGAGUGAUGUCAUACGAUAAGAAAGUCCAAAAGGUGCGACAUCUCAUUUGGUAUUCAUAUCCAGACUGAACCAAUUUUUCACUUGUACACCUGGCUCCUUGUGCGCCUUAGGGGGGGUCCACGGAGGACCAAAGAGAAAGUUGUCACAGUGACAUAAUUGAGAUAUUGUUUGAGAGUUGUUGACGACGCACAAAAAAGUCUUCUUCUGCUGCGUUUGCGUAAAUUGAUAAAAUUUAGUGAUUAAGGAUUCUUCAAGGAAUAAGAAGAAAAAGUAAAAGAAUUUCUACGCGUGAGUGUUAACUGGAAAUCAUAUGUCGAACUGGAGGGGUACGAAGAAUGGGAUUUAAAAAUUGGUGCGGAAGGUUCCGAGGAAGAUAAAAUGAAUGCAUCACCGUGCUUCACGGAAGGACCUCUGAGUAAGCCAUUUGGUUAUGGGAAUCAAAUGGAAAGUCAACAGCAACAGCAUCCAAAUUAUUCCACACAAAAUAUGGAUUAUGCACAGCCAUCGUCGUCGUACUACCAACAACCACCGAAUCCCUACUAUCACCGAUACCAGGGGCAAUACAAUCAGUAUGGUGGAUACGAUGCACAAUCCUCAGGUGGCUACACAACACCAUCCUAUCCCUCAACAUCAUACAGCUACAACGAGUACUACCGCAACUAUCCAUCUGCUGAGAAUGAAGGUGGCACGAGCUAUGCCGGCACUACGUCAUCCCCGAUGGCGAGUUGUGAUGCAGGUGGCCCAUCAAGGGCUCAUCGUCUCCAAUAUCAGCAAUCACCGCACAAAGUAGCAGCUCAAACAUCGAUGGGACAUCAGCAGCACACGUGGUACCAGCCACCACUUAUGCCACCAGAACAUAUGAUGAUGAAUAUGAUUCAGAUGACAAACAGCAGCAAUGGUCGAGAGGCAAGAAAUCGUGCUGAGAAAAAUAGGCGGGAUAAACUCAAUAAUUCAAUACAAGAAUUAUCCGGAAUGGUUCCACAUGUGGCUGAGUCACCGAGACGUGUUGAUAAGACAGCUGUUUUACGCUUCUCAGCACAUGGGCUAAGGAUUGAUUAUGUCUUUGGGAAAUCAGCAGGACCCUGUCAAUUUCGCAUUAAACCCCAAACGACGGAUGCAUUCCUGCGUCUCUUGGACAGCUUCCUCCUCACACUCACAUGCCGUGGGCAAAUACUCCUUGUUUCACCCAGCAUUGAACAACAUCUAGGCCACUGUCAGACGGAUCUCUAUGGGCAGAGUAUAUUGAACAUCACACAUCCAAAUGAUCACAGUCUCCUAAAGCGUCAACUUGUUCCCUCGGACCUGGAGAAUCUCUUUGAUAUUCAGCCGGGGGAUGAGACGAUAGAGCCAAAGCCACGGAGUAGGGAAGAAGAGGCGGAAAUUGAUGAGAAAUUGCGAAAAGAUCGCAGAGAUUUUACAAUAAGAUUGGCACGGGCAGGACCACGAUCGGAACCAACAGCUUAUGAGGUGGUACGGAUUGAUGGGUGCUUUAGGCGGGCAGAUUCAGCACCGCGUGGUAUGAAAACAAGCACCUUCCCAGGUGGGCUACAGCUCAUUCGGCGCACGCGAGGUCGUGACGAGAGUUUACCACUGCAUGCGAUCAGUGGCAAUGACAUCGUCCUGGUGGCCAUGGCCCGUGUUAUCAAGCCACCGUCCAUCUGUGAUCGUCUCAUUGAGGCGUGCAAGCAUGAGUACAAGACACGUCACUUGAUCGACGGCCGCAUUGUGCAAUGUGAUCAACGCAUCUCGAUCGUUGCCGGAUAUCUCACUGAAGAAGUAUCGGGUCUCUCGCCAUUUACAUUUAUGCAUAAGGAUGACGUACGCUGGGUUAUGGUAGCUUUAAGACAAAUGUACGACUAUAGUCGUCAAUAUGGUGAAUCCUGUUACCGUCUCAUUACGAGAACUGGGCAAUUUAUCUACCUCAAAACUCGGGGAUUCCUUGAAAUUGACAAGGAGACCAAUAAAGUGCACUCUUUUAUCUGUAUAAAUACGCUCGUGUCCGAGGAGGAGGGCAAAAGGUUGGUGAAGGAGAUGAAGAAGAAAUUCUCAAUUAUCAUUGAUUCGGAGGACGCGCAAAAUGUACAGGAGGAGGCCAUUGAGGCUGUUGAGGAUCCCCACCAAAUUGAACGUGCAAUAAUGAAUUUGAUUACAAAUCUCGUGCCACUCGAGGGGGAAAUGAGUGAAAUUCCCGGACAACCUGACUCCCCGGCCAGUAGCAAAGAUGGUCGUCACACGAAGAGCCCACCACUUGCAAUUAUCGCCCCAAAGCGUAGUACAAUAAAGACUUCAAUUGUGAAGAGUGUGAGUGUUGUGGAGGCAGCCACGAAGAAUAUUAAAUCCCCCGAGUCUGUGUCGUCCGUUAGUAGCCCGUGUUCGGAUAUUCAGCGUCCGUCGGUACUCCAGAGGACACCUGGCAAGAGGUUGUCAAGUACUGAGAGUAAAAUGGGAUUCUUUGGUUCACCGACAAGUGUGGAGGUGAAGGAGGAAACGGAAUCCCUUGCAUCGCCAUAUAGUGAUCAGAGAAUCCCACCAUUGCCCACGAGUACGGACUACUUUGAGCGGUACGACCUGCAGGAUGCUGAGGGUAUGCUCUAUGGCAGUGAAACGGCACAAAAUCAAAAGUUUUUCACCACUGAAGCUGGGCAUAGGGCUAGUUCAGUAUUGAAGAGGGCAUUUGGUGGUGAACCACUUGAGAGUGUGCCAAAGAGGCGCAACUUAAUGGAUCCAAUGGAUGCGGGAUGUUCAUCCAGUGGUGGUUUCAUUGAGGAGCUCAAUAAUCCGCGAAGUGAUUUAACACAAGUCCUGCCCAGCUCUUUUAGGGCCCUUGAUCAAUCAUUAAUGAAGAUUGAGGAUGCAGCUAAUGCUCUGCGUGAACAAUCUUAUCCUGUCUCCGCAUCAAAUACUCAUCAACUCGAGGAAAUUAUGGAGGAGCAUUUAGAACAAAAAGAAAUGCUGCAGUCAAUUCAGCAGGAAUUUCACACGAGAAUCAGUGAAAAUCGCAACUUGUCAACCCCCACGGAUACUCAGAUGGCAUCAAGUAGUAGUUCCGUAGUUUGUAGGAGAAUUAGUGAAAGUGAUAGCGGUGAGUCGGAUCAAUGAUAGUAAAUUCCAUUUCUUUUGGGCCACAAUGGAAUUUGGGGUAUAGGCAAACAAAUUCAAUAUAAUAUCUACUAUUUUACCUCUUAUCUAGAAACGAACCUAAGCUGAUUUAGCAAAUUUUCGCGCUGUUAUUUAUUCUUUAAAAGAAACAACAAAAAAAAGAUUUUCAACUCUUCCACAUUUUUGUAGGAAAUGAGUUGGAUUUUUCUUUAAUUCGUGUUGAGAGAGUUUUUUUUUUUAAUUAUUAUUAAGUGUCUUGUGAGAGAAAUUUUUAUUUUAUUGUUUCAAAUCGAAUUGAUUUGGUGGUUUUUAAUUUUAUUUCAUUUAAUGUUUUUUUUUAUUAUUAAUUAUGGUGGAUUUAUUGCUUAGACGUUUGAGAAUAUUAUUUUCUUGGUAAAAUAUCAAGUUUAUUUAAUUGAAAGGGAGACGAAAAUGAAAGUAAAAUUAUAUAUCUAGGUUAUAUAUAAUAAAUAUGCGAGUCCUAAACUUUUCCGCAGAGUACAAUAAAAAAAAAAGAAAAUGAAAGGAGAAACAAAUAAGAAAAUUUAGAGAUUUAAGACAUGCAUUGACAACAAAUUGAUAGUACACAGUUUUUUUCUUAGAAUUAAGAAAAUAAAAUUCACAUUUAAAAAUGAAUUAAGAUGAAAAAAAAUACAAAAAGGUAAGUUUAAAAAAAGAUCAUAUUUUAGUAGCCAAGUUGAUAAAAGGUGAGUUUUGAGAAAAAAAAAUCGGUAUUACUAUUUUUAUAAACAGAAUUACGAGAGAAAAAAUAAUAAAUUUACUAAUAUUUAGUAAUGAGAUGCAACACAAAAUAUUUCCAUACAACACUUUACAAAGCAGAAGAUAAUUUUCGGGAAAUAAUAAAAAUAAAGAAGUAAAAACCCCAAAAAAA